AUGUCGUUCGCUUUCGAGUUCGACGACUCCGAGAUCGACGAAGAGUACCAGGCGUUCAGCGCGCCAAGCACAUCAUCCCCAACCGCACAACCACCCUCGCUCGCCUCGACCUCGAAACCUACAGCGGCCCCCCAGGCCCCCUUCAAGCAAUGGCCACUCCACCACCUCAUCGACUCGCUACCUUCGCGCAUCUCCUACUCGCCCAUCACCAUACACCUAGACCCGCGCAAUGCACAGAACAGGCAGGCUACCCUCAUGCGCAGGGACCUCUUUGACGCACGCUUCCAGAUGCUCCUCGACCAACAAGACGACCACGACCUCGAGCACGAACACGACCACGACGACGGUCACGGCGGAACCAGACCAUCUCCGCCUGCGCAAACACAGCAAGAGGAACAGGAAAACAAGGCAGUGGCCGGCGUGGACAGCGACCUCGUCCCCGGCGUCUACGAGGGCGGCCUAAAGACCUGGGAAUGCGCACUCGACCUCGUCGCAACCCUCGACCAGCGGUGCACGCCAACCUCGCCCGCCGAAACCAGACCUGACUGGGGCUGGCUCCGAGGCAAAUCCAUACUCGAGCUCGGCUGCGGCACCGCCAUCCCCUCCGUCUUUCUCCUCCAGCAGCUCCUCAACCUCGAACCCGCACCCUCGCCCUCGUCCUCGCCCUCGUCCUCGCCCUCUGCCCCCACCGCCCUGCACCUCUGCGACUACAACCUCCAGGUACUCCGCCUCGUCACCCUGCCCAACCUCAUCCUCGCCUGGUACUUUUCCGCCGCAUCGCACGCCUACCGCACCUCGGCCCAGACGCUCGAGGCCAGGCACGAAGAAACCAGGCAGCUCAAGUCCAGGGGGCAGGACCACUUUGACACGGCGGCCCGAGCCGAGGCUUCGUCGGCGUCGGCCGAGGGGGCCGGGCCGGGAGAGCUCUCGCUCGACGACUCCCUCUGUGACGCGUUCCAGAAGUCGCUCGACGAGCGCAACAUCUCGCUUCGCUUCUACUCCGGCUCGUGGCAGGGGCUGCAGCCCGAGGAGAUCCUCGCUGACGCCGCGGGAGCUUCGUCAGCGAAGGAGCAGGCGAGCACGGCCAGCCGAGGCUACUUCGACCUCAUCCUCAGUGCCGAGACCAUAUACUCUCUCGACACGCUGCCGCUCUUCACCGACGUUCUCCGACGAUGCUGCAAGCCAAGCGCGCCUCCGACCCUCUCUGGUCUCGACGAGCGGCUGGCACGAUCGUCCCUGGCGCAGGCGCAUGAGUCCGCUUCGACUACCGGGCCCGGCACAGCAUCGGCGGCGGAAACAGCGAAGGACGACGGACCAACGACGCUCUGCUUGGUCGGUGCCAAGGUCCUCUACUUUGGCGUGGGCGGCGGCGUCGAGUCGUUCAAGCAGCAGAUGCAGACGCCUCCGCCAGGCAGUCGUAAGGGGUGGACGGAAACGGUCAGGACCGUAUCGCAGGGUGUGGGCAGGGUCGUCCUCUCUGUCGGCAUCCUUCCGGGUGCGUAG